CAUAUAUUCUUUUUACAUAAUUUUAAAAAAUAGCAUCUGUUUGGUGUUUUCCCCCAACAGCAGGGGUGAUUUCCGCCGAUAGGAUCAGUGGGGGGCACAGAAAUACCUAAAGCCUCCGCAGCCCCCACUCAGAGUUCAGCCGUGUUAACACAUGAAGGCCGUGAGGGGCCCUGAGGGGGCUCAAAGCUGUGUGAGGAGGCUGGCCAUGGGGAGGGGUGUCUGGCUGCCCGCCCCAUGCUCGCCCUGCUGGGUGAGGCAUCCCACACUCACACUCAGAGGGCUCCUGGGCAAGGUCUGGGACCCGAGUGCCGGGAGCCCCAGAAGCAGCAGUGGGUGGAAAUGAGACAUGAAAGCUGUAGUGGGGGAUCUGCGCUCAGGAUCCUGGGACUUCACUGAGCAGGUGAUGAGGGGCAAGCAGGGGCAGCUGCAGCUGGAUGCAGACAGAACAGGUUCCUGGUUACAGUCAACAUUUCCUCUGGAAAGCUUCAGUUCUGAGCCCUGCCUUCUCCACCGUGGCCCAGCGGCUCACUGCUUUGAUCCGCUCCACUGAAGAGCAGAGCGGAGCCGGACUUUGCAGAAGAGGCUUCUGGCCCUGGGGGAUGUCUGCUUCACACACCUGUCUCCCGCUAAGGGCUCUCCUCUCCUGAAUGCAAAGAAAAAACACCUUCAGCCUCCCCCAAACUUGCAAACAGUCCAAGGCAGUGAGGGAGAGGCCUGGUGUGUGCUGGGGACUGCAGCCAUGUGUGGCUCCGUGUGGAAUCUGAGACAACGUGGCAAUGUCCCAGGGAGGCCUUCAGCAGAGUUGAGGUGGCCACGAGAAGAAGCAGUUUGUCCCUAGUGCCUAGCCCAAGACAGAAAAUAAUAACAAUUAGAUCUUCUAUUUCUCUGAAACACUCGUUCUGUGCCAGGGAAUUCCCUAGAAGUUGUUGCAUACAUUAUCUCAUUUAAUCCUUACCACUCGCUAGCAAGGGAGUAGCUCCCCACUUUAAAGAUGAGGCUCAGAGAGGUUUAGAAAGCAGGCAGCUCCGUGUGCAACUGAGGCCUGUCUGCAUUCAAAGCUCAGGCUAGGGGUCUCACCACCCUGCACCCUGUAGUUGCAGCCUGUCUGCCCUCAGCUUUGGCCAGACAGGGGCCCAGGGCAGGGGCAUCUGAGGGAGAGGAGUCAGUGGAAUACUGUGCCUGAAACCCAGAGACAGAGCUGGCAGCACACGGCACACCACAGUCCGCUGGCAAGGGUGGGUGUCGGGUCCUGGAACUAUAGCCUUCCUUUGUGCUGUCCCAGGUCAUCGGGAACUGCAGGCCCUCGUCUCUGCCCUCAGGCGGGGCCACAAGGCUGCAUGAGAACACCACGCAGCGGGAGAGCAGGACUUGUACGUGGUCCGAAGCUAGCCUCAGCCUCCCACUCCCCUCUCUUCAGUGAAUGCUAGGUGGAGGAGGAGUGUGGUAGAUAGUGGACACGGAAAUUGCAGGAUUCUCAGCAUUGUUCCAUUCCAGGGAGAAGCCCCCAGGUCCCCAGAUCAUGGCAGUAGAAAUCGGCAAGGGAGCCCUCUCUCUGUGGGAUAUAUUUCAUCAUGUACAUGGACUUGAGACCAUCACAGACUUUGGAACCAUCAGGAGUCUGAGCGUAACUAUAGCAGCCAGCAGAGCACAAAGAGGCUGACCCCACAGGCCAUGCGCACAGUCGGGCGUAGACUCACCUCCUUCUCCCAGAACACAGUCCUGCUGGACCCCAGUCCCUGCUGCCGCAGCAGGUGGGGGCAGGGAGGCAGCUGCCCAGCCUGUACACACGAUGGAGGGCCGGGGUUGGCCAGGGUGGCAGGGUGAGGCCGAGAGCUGUGGGUUGCCAGGACCAGCUUCCUUCUUCAGCAAGAUGUCUGAUCACUCAGAGCUGCACACACUCUGCCCCAGCUCACCCCAGGAGGGCCCUCCUCCUGCUUCAGGGUCUCUCUGGGCCUCCACCUCACCCCUGCUGGGCCCUGCUUCCUCCUCUUUCCCCAGGAAACACAGAUGGUCCCUUCCAGUGUGGGAUCAGAGACCUGGGGGAGGGGUCAUCGCCCAGUGUGGGUAGGGGAGGCUGGCACGGAGGGCAGGCUGCAGGGUUCCCCUUUGCUAGCAAACAGGAACACUGGCUGUUUCUCAGUGGCUUCCAGGGCGCUGAGUCACUGCAGCAGCCAGUGGACAGACAGCACUCACCCCUGAGCACUCUUGCAGCGGGAGAAAGACUGCAAACUUCUCCGGGUCCACGGCCCAUGCAGCACAUGGAAUUUCAUAAUCAGAGCGCUCCCUCUGCCCUUCCUGCCCUUCCUUCUCUUCCUUCUCUCUCCCCCUCCACUCUCCCUUCCGCCCUUCCUCCCACUCCCUUCUUCACGCUUUUGGCCCUCACCACUACACUGGGGUCACCAGCCUCCUGCGACCCAGCCUCUUCCUCCUGGGUGUCUGCGUUCCUGGCGCCAGUCCUGGGUGUGGAGUUCAUCCUGGGCCUGGUGGGGAACGGCUUGGCCUUCUUCAUCUUCUGCGUCCACACGCGGCCCUGGUCGUCCAACGUGGUGUUCCUGGUCAGCCUGGUCUUCGCUGACUUUCUCCUGAUCAUCAACCUACCCCUCCGCAUGGACUACUACCUCCACGACGAGACCUGGCCCUUGGGGGACGUCGCCUGCAGGAUCAACCUCUUCAUGCUGUCCGCCAACCGCACGGCCAGCGUGGUCUUCCUCACGGCCAUCGCACUCAACCGCUACCUGAAGGUGGUGCGGCCCCACCACGCACUGAGCCGGGCCUCGGUGCGGGCAGCCGCCUGGGUGGCCGGGGGUCUCUGGGGGAGCAUCCUGCUCCUCAAUGGGCACCUGUUUGUGAUCGCCAUUCCCAGAAAGUCCUGCCUCAGUUACCAGCUGGGCAUGAACUCCUCGGCCUGGACUCGCUGGCACAGUGCACUGUACUUGCUGGAGUUCUUCCUGCCGCUGGCGCUCAUCCUCUUCGCAGUUGUGAGCAUCCUGCAGACCAUUCGGUGCCGUGGCCUGGGCGGGCGGGCAGGCCCCCGGAGGGCCAAGCGCAUGCUGGCCGCCGUGGUGGCGGUCUACACAAUCUGCUUCUUGCCCAGCAUUGUCUUUGGCAUGGCAGCCAUCGUGGCCUUCCACCUGAAAGCCUGCCCCGCCCUAAACAUCUGCUCACAGCUCUUCCACAGCUCCCUGGCCUUCACCUACCUCAACAGUGUCCUGGACCCCAUACUCUACUGCUUCUCCAGCCCCAGCUUCCUCCGCCACUGCCGCACCCUGCUGGGCCUCAGCCAGGGCUCACAGGGCCCAGACAGCGAUGAGAACUCCUACCAGCCCCCCAGCCGUCUCCAGGAGGCCUCCAGGAAGGCAGAGACCAUAGGGAAGCUGCAGGCGGAGGGCUCACGGGAGGUUUCCCUGGAGUAAGGGAGGCCCCUCCUGGGUCUGGGGUCUGCAGGGCAUUCUGGCGUGGAGGGAAGGGUCACUCCUGGACUGUUGUCAGCACAGAGUGCCUCAGCCAACUGCACAGGAGCCAGGUGGGUGGCAGGGAGAGAAAGAGUGUUGGCCUCAUGGAGGUGUGGGCCUGGCGUCACCUCCAGAGUGCAUGAGAGUCUGAUGUUGAUAGGCAGGGGCUGUGGGGGCUGCAGCUCAGCUGCCCAGUCCCGCCCGGGUCGUUAAUGUGAGAGCAGAAGUCUUGCUUCAGAAAUUGGACAGCUGUAUGUUCUGGGGUCUCCAGCUCUUCCUUUCAAUACUAAUAAACUUUCUUGGAAAG